AUGGCAAAAUACUGUGACAAUCAUUUAUACUUAACUUUUGUAGAAAAUACAGGAAUCUGUUUUUUUGAGUUAAAAAUUAUUAUUAGAAUACUUGUAUCAUCAUUAUUAACUAACAAAGAACAUGGCCGAAAUAGUCAACAGUUACAUGUUUUAAUGCUAGAGGCCAGUAUUACAAGAACAUCAAUAACUGAUAGAGGAGAAUGUUCAACCAAAUGGUUGGCCCAAUGCACUUUCAAUACUCUAUCAGAUUUCAUUACAUUGAUGUGA